AUGCAGGCUGCUUGUAAGUUGUAUGGCUUGCCUUACGCUGAAUCUGAUACAAGGGCGAUCAUGUGGGAAAAGUUGUCACGGCACAUUGCUGAGCACGUAGAGCCAGAGAUUGUGACUAUGGCGAAGAAGAAGGGCCACGAAGUAGUGUUCACGCCUCCACACUACUCUGAUUUACAGCCGAUUGAGUAUGUGUGGGCAAAUGUAAAGGGAGAAGUUGGGCGCCAGUACACCAAGGAUACUACAUUCCAACAGGCCAGAAGUGGGCUUGAUACAGCUUUCAAAACUUUGUCGUCGAAAACUGUUCAAGGCUGCAUUGACAAAGCAAGAGCCCACUUGGUGGAUCUGAAUGCUCAGAUCAAAAGUUAUGAUAGCCGCAGUGAAAACGAGGAUUCGGACAGCUCCGAGACGAAAGCAGUGCUAGUGAUGACUACACUAGCUAAUAUUUUAGAUAGCCAUAAGUAA